UCAAGGGAGAUGGAUUGAAGGGAGAAUUGGAAGGAGAAGCACAAAGAGAGAGUGGACUCCGAAUUCGGGGAGGCUCCCACGGGGGUCACUGGCAUUGCAAGAAGCCCCGUGCAGAUCCAACGGAAAGCAAGGCCCAAAGGGACCCUGAAUGGUCAGAUUAAAGAAAUGCAAGCCUAAACACAGAUAAGCCCCCUCAAACCUAAAAUGUGGACACAUCACCAAACACCGCCAAGGAUCUCCCCAGUAGUUUCACAGAACUCAGUUACAUAGACUGCAAUGUAGUUGAGUUCAAAGAACCAGCUCCAGAACCGCCAGCAAAACACACCAAUUCCACUGUUGUUUUGUGUUUGUUUUCUUAACAGAAUCACUUCCACCACUCUGGACCGUUUUUCCUUUUUUCUGACACGCUACUCUGCACACACACAAAAUAGAAAUUAAAAAAUUUUUUAACAUCGAGAAGGGGGAGGGGCACGACACGCCGAGGCAAUUAAGUCAUCUUCCUUUCCCUAGAAACACCGGAAAGGAUUAGUCUCCAGCCCCGCGGUACCCAGCAGCCGAAACCAGAGCCCAGGUGCCCAUGGGUUGGACCAUGAGGCUGGUCACAGCAGCACUGUUACUGGGUCUCAUGAUGGUGGUCACUGGAGACGAGGACGAGAACAGCCUGUGUGCCCAUGAGGCCCUCUUGGACGAGGACGCCCUCUUUUGCCAGGGCCUUGAAGUUUUCUACCCAGAGUUGGGGAACAUUGGCUGCAAGGUUGUUCCUGAUUGUAACAACUACAGACAGAAGAUCACCUCCUGGAUGGAGCCGAUAGUCAAGUUCCCGGGGGCCGUGGACGGUGCAACCUAUAUCCUGGUGAUGGUGGAUCCAGAUGCCCCUAGCAGAGCAGAACCCAGACAGAGAUUCUGGAGACAUUGGCUGGUAACAGAUAUCAAGGGCGCCGACCUGAAGAAAGGGAAGAUUCAGGGCCAGGAGUUAUCAGCCUACCAGGCUCCCUCCCCACCAGCACAUAGUGGCUUCCGUCGCUACCAGUUCUUUGUCUAUCUUCAGGAAGGAAAAGUCAUCUCUCUCCUUCCCAAGGAAAACAAAACUCGAGGCUCUUGGAAAGUGGACAGAUUUCUGAACCGCUUCCACCUGGGCGAACCUGAAGCAAGCACCCAGUUCAUGACCCAGAACUACCAGGACUCGCCAACCCUCCAGGCUCUCAGAGGAGGGGCCAGCAAGCCCAAGCACAAAACCAGGCAGAGAUAGCUGCCUGCUAGAUGGCAGGCUUUGCCAUCCAGGCACAUGGCCACACUGCCCACCACCAACGAUGUAGGUAUGGAACCCCCUCUGGAUACAGAACCCCUUCUUUUCCAAAUUAAAAAAAAAAUCAUCCAGGG